AUGUCUUUCAAAGCACUGAUUGUGUCCCUUCCACUGGUUUGGCGCUGUGCUACCGCACUACCCGCUGGCCCUGGAUUCUGGCCGAACGGCACUUCUUCUGAUACUUCUGAUGUCCAGAUUGCCGCAGCGUACGGCCUUAUUGACACGUACGAUGGAAGCAACUGGUUGAGCAAGUUCGAUGUCCAGGCUAUUGCUGAUCCUACCCAUGGCUUCGUCGAGUAUGUCAACGCGCAGCAGGCUCAGCAGCUUGGUCUCCUAAAGACACAGGGAAACCAAGUGUACAUGGGCGUGGACACAACAUCUGUUCUGAAUCCUAAUGGACCAGGUCGGAAGAGCGUCAGGCUUCAAAGCAAGGCAGCCUACAACCGUGCGCUCAUCAUUGCAGACUUUGCACACGUUCCUGGCAGCAACUGUGGCUCCUGGCCAGCUUUCUGGAUGGUAGGCCCAAACUGGCCAAACCAAGGAGAAUUAGAUAUUUACGAAGGCGUCCACCUAAACACCUACAACCAGAUUACCCUGCAUAGCUCUCCCGGUUGCACACCAUCCGUCGGCCCCGGCGGAGAAACAGGCCGUCGCGUUGCUAACGCAGACUGUGGUGCUGGCGGUGGCUACGACGGCUGCGGCGUCAUGUCUAACAGCCCUACCUCAUACGGCACGGCUUUCAAUGCUAACGGCGGCGGUGUAUAUGCUUCACUUUGGACCAGCUCGGGCAUUAAGGUAUGGUACUUUGCGAGCAGAGAUGUACCAGGUAACAUCAGGAGUGGGAAUCCCGAUCCAAAUUCUUGGGGCACACCGGUCGCGAAUUUUGCUGGGUGCGAUUUCAAUGCGAAGUUCAGGGAUAUGAGUAUCGUUUUCGAUAUUACGUUCUGUGGAGACUGGGCGGGUAAAGUCUGGGGCUCGACAACUUGCUCGCAGAUCAAUCCGAGUUGCAAUGCGUAUGUCGCUUCGCAACCGCAGUCGUUCGCUGAUAGUUAUUGGCUUGUAAACUCGAUUAAGGUGUACAACGUCUGA